UGGGUCCACCUAACAUUACAGGUUUACGGAUAAACGUCACGGGCGUUAGGUUAUCAUGUCCCGUUAUAUAUCUGUUAUUUCUAGGAUAACAUGUUUAUUCAAUUAUUUCCGGGAGUUUAAAUUACCUGAUAGCACCGGAAUAACUAUGCGAUAAUUUUCAUUUGUCAGGAAUAUCAUGAAAAAAAGAUUGUCGACGCACCUGCCAGCCGUAUCGCCAUCGCUUUCCAGUUGGAUAAUUGUGAUUUUGUCCCUUUGUUUUGUUAACAGUUAUGACGGAGACUUUGUUUUUGACGAUGCCGAGGCCAUUGUCAAGAACAACGAUGUACGCGACACACCAUUGUGGGAAAUAUUUAAAAAUGACUUCUGGGGUACUAAAUUAUCUCAUAAUCAAAGCCACAAGUCGUACAGACCUCUCACUAUUUUGAGUUUUAGAUUACAUUUCUGGUUACGACAAGAUUUAAUUUCCCAAGACUAUCAUAUAGUAAACAUAGUGUUGCAUAGUAUGGUUUGCCUGUUAACUUUCCUUGUAUAUAAUGUAUUUUUGGGGCCUGAAGGACGGAACAUCUCAUUCUACGCUACAGCCUUAUUUGCUGUUCACCCAAUCCAUACAGAGGCUGUAUCAGGGAUUGUAGGGCGUGCAGAACUAUUAUGUACCUUAUUUAUUUGGUUGUCAGUUUUAUCAUAUAACCAUGCAAUAUAUGCAAAACAUUUAUUACGUAGAUGGGCUGCUAUGUUUGGUUGUGCUGUUUGUGUAACCAUUGCAAUGUUAUGCAAAGAGACUGGAAUCACUGCCAUUGGCAUUUGUGCAAUGUAUGAUAUAGUUAUAGUAAACAGAAUAUAUCCAAUUGAUGUAAUUAACUCUCUCCUGUGUAAAAAUUCUGACAAAUGUUUCAACAAUUUAGUUAAAUAUAAAGUUAUAAUAUUGCGACUUGUUGCUCUGCUGUUGGUUGCAAUAAUGCUCUUGUCAUUAAGACUGAGUAUUAUGGGAUUUUCUACUCCUAAAUUCCUACCAGUAGACAACCCAACAUCUUUCAUGGACAAUAUACUUCUUCGUACACUUAAUUAUAACUAUAUCUAUUGUCUAAAUACAUGGUUACUCAUAUGCCCUAUAUGGCUCUGCUUUGAUUGGUCAAUGGGUUGUGUACCUCUGAUUACUGGAUAUGACCACAGAAUUUUUACAAUUGUGAUUUUCUGGCUAAUGUUUGGUGCUAUAAUUACGUACACGUUUAUUCCUCGUAAGGAUAAAACUUCAAGGUACAUAACAAUGGGAUUAACCAUACUAAUUAUUCCAUUUCUGCCAGCUAGUAAUGUCUUCUUCAAUGUUGGAUUUGUUUUGGCAGAAAGAAUAUUAUAUAUUCCUUCAGCAGGAUAUUGCCUGUUGGUUGUUAUUGGGUUACAAAAGUUCUCCACCCAGUUUUCUUUGCCUAAGACAUCAUUAUUGGCAUAUGCAAUGCUUAUUAUGUUGUUGUUUGCACGUUCUUGGGUAAGAAGCAAUCAAUGGAGAAAUGAGAAACUACUGUUCCAAUCAGCAUUAGAUGUAUGUCCUUUGAAUGCAAAAGUACAUUAUAAUAUUGCGAAAAAUGCAGCAGAUGCAGGAAACAUUAUUCUUGCCAAAUUGGAAUAUCAAGAAGCUCUACGAUUGAAUCCAAAAUAUGUCCAAGCUAUGAAUAAUCUUGGUAAUCUACUCAAAGACAACGGACAGCUUCCAGAAGCUGUAAAUUUAUUUAAACAAGCUAUUACUUUGCAAGAAGACUUUGCUACAGUAUGGAUGAACUUGGGUAUAGUUCAAUCGACAUUAAAGCAAUAUGAGGAGUCAGAAGCGAGCUAUUUUACAGCUCUGCAGCAUCAGCCAGUUUAUCCAGCUUGUUACUAUAAUUUAGGUGUAUUAUAUUUAGAACGGAAACAAUAUGACAAAGCACUGAAGGCUUGGGUGAAAGCAGCUAAACAAAAGCCUACGCAUAAACAAGUAUGGACAAAUAUGAUACUACUAUUGGAUGAUUUAAAUAUGACAGAAAAAGCACUGAAAACAGCAAAUGAAGCUUUAAAAUUUAUUCCGAAUCAUGCUUCUGUCUAUUUUAACAUUGCCAACAUUUUGGGGAAAAAGGGAAGAUUUGAGGAAGCGGAAAUCCAAUUUAAACUGGCAAUGUCGAAAAAUCCUACUGAUCCUAUGAUUUAUGCAAACUUAGGUGUUUUGUAUCACCGUUGGAAUAAAUUGAAUGCAGCAGAGGAAAUGUAUAAGAAGGCAUUGCAACUGAAAACAGAUUUACAAAGUGCGAGAGAAAAUUUACAAAGGUUAUACUCAUUGAAGGCGUCAAUAAAAUAAUUUUUUUAAAUAU